AUGCUGGACUGGAGAUUGGCAAGUGCACAUAUAAUCCUGGCUGUGACUGUGGUGCUGUGGAGCUCAGCAAAAGGCCUCUCAAUGGAAGUAGCAACAGAGGCUUUUGAUUCUGGGCUCACAGAUGUACAGUCACCACCCACACUCAGGGAAGAGAAACCAGCAACCAACCUGGCAGGAAAGCUCCUGUUGCUUGAUGAACUAGUAUCCCUGGAGAAUGAUGUGAUUGAGACAAAGAAGAAGAGAAGCUUCUCUGGCUUUGGCUCUCCUCUGGACAGGCUCUCAGCUGGCUCUGUCGAACACAAAGGGAAACAGAGGAAAGUAGUAGAUCAUCCAAAAAAGCGAUUUGGUAUCCCCAUGGAUCGGAUUGGUAGAAACCGGCUCUCAAAUUCCAGAGGCUGA